ACCAAUUGUAAUUACUCGAAUAUCCUUAAUAACUGGAUGAAACUCGAUCCCCUUCUUCUCUCGCGCUGAUUCGAAAUCAGUAAACAAAGAGAACCCAUUUCCAGAUUUCAGCAGUGAGAGACUGAAGAACGAUUCAGUUGGAAUUUUGUUUGGGCGAAUUAAAAGGAUUUUGGGAUGAGGAUCAGUAAAACAGAGGUGAAUUUGAGGAGGCUGCUUGCAUCUGCGCCCCAGCAACAUAACCAGGCAAAACUUGUACAUUAUGUUGCUACUUUACGGGAACUGGUAGAACAACUAGCUGAAGAGAGAAAUCCAGAAGGCUUACCAAGAGUUUCAAAGGCUGUUAUGAGUGACUAUUCAGAGAAGAUCGAAGCCAUUGCUUCCAAAUUAGCUGCUCCACCGCCUGAUAUUCAAACACCUGAAGAGCCCCUUGCAAGCUCUUCUGAUACAGGAGACAAUCAGAUUCCCGCUUCUCCAGGUCUGAGAAGGAGAUUUGUGCCUCCCUCAAAUAUCAAAGAUGGAGCUCGUGAGACUGUUAAUGUUGAUUCUUCGGCACCUGUUAAACUGGAUGCUGCAGCCCAAGCACACAUUGAAAAGCAUAGAAAGCUUCAAGAGGAUUUGACAGACGAAAUGGUUGGAUUGGCUAGGCAACUCAAAGAGAGUAGUCUCAUGAUGAGUCACUCCCUGGAGAACACUGAAAAAAUACUUGACUCCACAGAGAAGGCUGUUGAAAGUAGCUUGGCAAGCACUGGCCAUGCCACCACACGGGCGACAGAUAUAUACUCAAAGACGUCCAAAACUACUUGUUUCACAUGGCUUCUGAUGUUUGUAAUGACAUGCGUAUUCAUCAUGGUGGUUCUUUUAAUUCGCGUCACUUAAGGGUAUGUUGUGUUAGGAAGACUGAUCUUUCGUCCCAUAAUUUCUACGUAUAAUUUGCAACGUUGAACAUCGACAGUUUACGAAUAGGUAUAAUCUCGGAGCAUAGCAUUGUUGAUGGAUCAUCAGAAAUGAACAGGGAAUGGUUUGAAAUGUUAAUGAUACUACGACGCUAGUCACCGGAACAUUUCAAAGGACUGCACUGCAACUUUCAUUGGUGAUGGUCCUGCUACAUAUUGUAAUUAGAAUUAGCAGAUGUUAACUUACUAGUUUCUACUCUCCAAAGGGUUGUACACCAUGUAAACAAGCAAAGAACCAUGUUAGAAACGUCUCACAUGAGCCUAAUUUUAACAUGAUAUCACACCAAUUAUUCUUGCGUUA